AUGCUGGGAGUACGACCCUGCAGCCCAGGUGCAGACCCCGAACCCUGCUGGGCACCGCAGGCACAAGGACCCAGCCCUGCCAAGCGAAGCUGCCUCCAGGAGCCCCACACACCACCCGACCUGGAAGAGCCCUCUGGGUCCACCAGUGAUGCAUCCAUCUCCAUGGUGUUUCUGGCUGUAGGCUGCGCCAUGCAACUGCAUCUGUACGGCAUCGACCUGCUGCUGGAGCCAGAUCCCACCUUAGUUCUGGAAGUGUCGCUCCCGAACACAUUCAUCCUGGUCCCCUAGGGCCUCCAGGCUUCCGACCACUUUGGACAGCCUGGGUUCUUGUCCUCCAGCCCGCAGGGCAGCUGUCCUGGAAAUGCCAGAGGACCAUCUCCUCUCCUAGUCAUCCAGCAGGGAUCCUUCUGUGAGUACAUUCUAGAAAGUUCCUACCAAGAGGAUGCCUGUGAUGAGGAUGCGGACUCUGGCUUCCUGUCACUCUGGAUGGAUCCUCCAGCUGGUCAGGCAAGUGAGCACUUUUCCUCCAUUCCUUCGGUGCCUUCCCCUAAUGCAGAGCCAUAUUUGCCAAGGUCUAUCUGGGACCAGGACAGCUACCUGCUGGGACCCUACCCCAGUUCACCCCUGCAACCACUGCCUCCAUCUCCUCCUGCAAGUCCCCAAGAGCAGUUCCCUCCAUCUUCUCCGCGGCCCCAUGCAAGGCCAGGAGGCAACUGUUCUGCCAAUGAACUGCCCUGA